GUAUUAUUUGUGGGACGGCGUUGGUCCCGGAUGUGCUGCGAUGCCGAAGGUGAAGCGAAGCCGCAAGCCGCCUCCUGACGGCUGGGAGUUGAUCGAACCCACCCUGGAUGAACUGGACCAGAAAAUGCGAGAGGCUGAAACCGAGCCUCAUGAAGGGAAGAGGAAAGUAGAAUCGCUGUGGCCUAUCUUCAGAUUGCACCACCAGCGAACACGUUACAUAUUUGAUCUGUUCUAUAAAAGAAAAGCAAUUAGCAGAGAGCUCUAUGAUUAUUGUAUAAGGGAAGGAUAUGCUGACAAGAAUCUCAUUGCUAAAUGGAAGAAACAGGGCUAUGAGAACCUGUGCUGUCUUCGCUGCAUUCAGACCCGAGAUACCAAUUUUGGAACAAACUGCAUCUGCAGGGUCCCCAAGAGCAAGCUUGAAGUGGGCAGGAUUAUUGAGUGCACACACUGUGGAUGCAGAGGCUGCUCUGGUUGAAAUUGUCCUUAUUGGAUGAAAGGGGUUUUAAUUUAUGUAUAAUCCAGUUUUAUUUUGACUCGGUAUAUGGACCAUAAUUAUGACAAGAUGUACUGUGUUUGCUGUAGCUCUCUUCUAGGUAGCUUUGUUCCCUGACAUGGAGUAUAACAAAUUAAAAUGUAUUUUAAAACUGAAGCUUUGGAAUGCCAUAGUCUUUAUAAAAUAACAUAGUUAUGGAACCAGUGUAAUGCACAAAUGGACCCAGAUGACAUCCAUGUCCACUCUGAAUCACCGUGUUACAAAGGGGGGGAGUUUAAUUUUUGAGCAAUUACACCUUUGGUUUCUGCAGACAGCCUUUAAAAGAUGACUAUGGCUACUCUGGGCUGGCUCAUUCCUUCAAAGCAAUUACAUCAAUAAUCAACUAUAAUUGAAGAUCAUCCUAGUCUGCAUCCAAUUUCAAGAUUUCUGUUAUUUUCUGACCAUUGAUUUGAUCUGCACUGAAAGUUUCUGUGAAAUAAAGUUCUUGUUCAUUUCCCUGCA